AGACACUCCUGGCAGGCAGGAGGUUUAUUUCGCAUCGGCGGACUCAGCGGAGAUCACCGUCCAGAGGUCUGAGGCCUGAGCGGGUUUGAGAUCUCCGACGAGCCUCCUGCUCCAACCCAAAUAGAAGAGCUCCACGACCCCGAAAGUAGCGAAAAAGCAAGCGUGCAGUAACCUCGGCAGCAGCACGCAGCGCUGCCGGAACCCCAGACCGGACGUGACCUUCACGAAACCUUCAAUCGCUGUUGUCCCGGAGCGCUUUGGAAUCACAAGCCGCUGCCGAACUUGGGUCAUCUCUGAACACUCGGAACCGUGAUGGGCUGCUGAAAGAACUGGGCAAGGCCCCAAAGCGGCCAGAGCGGCAUUCAGGAAGAAAUGGCUUCCCUGGAGGACGCCUACUGCUGUGAGGCUGAGACCCCUGCCCAGAGCUCUGCAGACUCCGAACCUGCAGCCUGGGCCGAGGGACAACCAGGGGGGGCCGAGGAAUCCCACGGGGGCAAGAAAAAGAGCGCUGCGCCGCACGAUCCGAGCCCUUCCAACUAUGUCAAGGCUUUCCAGAGCAUCCUGGGAAAAUUCAUACCUAAAGGGGAGGCUGCCCCAAGUGCAGCAAAACUGAGCCCACCCGAGCGCCCCCCCACCACUGAAACCCCAGCCAGUGUCACCUUCAGGAAGACGCAGGCGGCAGACCCCUCGGUUAGGGAGGAGGGGAAGAAGAUGCUGAUAGAGAUCAACAGUUCAGGCAGCAGGAAAGUGAUCCUCCGCGCUCAAGAGAAACCCAGCAAGAAGCUCCUGGACGACCAGAAGUUUGAAAAGGGCUCCCCAGUCCUGCGAUUUCCAGAGAAGCAGGACCCUCCUUCAGAGAUCCAGGAGCAGAAAGCGACAGACACGGGGGCCGAGACGGAGGCCGAGCGCCCCUCUUCAGAGGGCCACUUCGCCGCCGUGGAGGAGCUGGCUGCCAUGAAGAUCUCUGAGAGGCCGGUGUCACUGGGUCUCUCCAGACCCCCCCAGCCUCCACCUGUCACCACAGACCGUGUCCUGUUCCAGCCCCCCUUGCAAAGGGGUCCUCCGCCCCCCCCCACCGGCCACUGGGGCAGCAUUCUCCAGCUGGUCCACUAUCCCCCCGGGGGCAACAGCGGCCCCGCGGCCCAGGCCGCCAAGAGCUGGGGUGCUUCCGGGGAGCAUCCCCCCGUGCCGGAGCUGCACCCCCAGAACUGGCCCAGAGUCUGGAAGCCAUCGGAAGAGGACCAGUCCCUGAAUUCCCACGUGAUCCGUUUCCCCAGGGGCUCAGCCCCCAGCGGGGAGAGAAUGGCAGCCCUCAGGGAGACGCUGGUGCAUUCUUGCCCGAGCUGCGAGGCUGGCUCCCUGACCAGGAGCCCCUGGCACGGAAGGCUGGGGUUCAUCGACACCCACUGUCACCUAGACUUGCUCUUCUCCAAGCUGUCCUUCAAAGGGACCUUCAGCAAGUUCAUGGAGACGUACAGCCACUCGUUCCCGAAGGAGUUUCAGGGCUGCAUCUCGAAUUUCUGCGAUCCGCGCACGCUCAAGGACGGCAUGUGGCAAGAGCUGCUGAAAGAGGACUUGGUCUGGGGCGCCUUUGGCUGUCACCCCCACUUCGCACGUUACUACAAUGAGAUCCAGGAACGAAACAUCCUGCAAGCCUUGCGGCACCCCAGGGCCCUGGCGUUCGGAGAAGUGGGCUUGGAUUACUCUUACAAGUGCACCACGCCGGUGCAACAGCAGCACAAGGUAUUUGAGCGCCAGCUGCAGCUGGCCGUGUCGCUCAACAAGCCCUUGGUGAUCCACUGCAGGGAGGCCGACGACGAUCUGCUGAGCAUCAUGAAAAGACACGUGCCCCCCGACUACAGGAUCCACAGACACUGUUUAACUGGCAGUUACCUGCGCAUUGAGCCCCUCAUGAACUACUUUACUAACAUGUCCGUGGGGUUCACAGCCCUCCUGACUUACUCUUCUGCCUGGGAGACCCGGAAUACACUCAGAAGUAUCCCCUUGGACAGAAUCCUCGUGGAAACGGAUGCACCCUACUUCCUUCCCCAUGAGGUUCCCAAGAGCCUUUGCCAGUACUCCCACCCGGGCCUGGCCCUGUACACGGUGCGAGAGAUUGCCAGGAUCAAAGGUCAGCCACUCUCCCAGAUGCUGGCCACCUUGUGCGAGAACACCAACUAUCUCUACAAUAUUUAAGCCAAGAGGGAGGAAGGAGUCAGGCGUCUUGUGGCAAAGGGAGACCAGCGGCCUGACAGCACAGACUUGAUUGAUUGGAACUCUGCCUGUGUCCCGAGAUCAAGGGUGUGUUCCCGAAGCCCCCUGGAACAGAAACAAAAGACCACAACGGGCUGUUUGCUUCAAAACCUCUUGAAAGACUUCGCCUUGUGACUGGUAGGAUGGGGGUGCAGAAGAACGGCAGGAGGGGUCGAGGGGGGUUAUUUACCCCCCCCCCCGAUGUUAUUUACCAGGGUUCUUCCUCGUGGCCAGAUUGCUCCUGGACAGUCAGUAAGAAAAACAAGCAUUCCAUGGGGUACAAGUUGGCGAAAUCCAACUGCCUGUUCUCUGCAGCCUCGGGUUUCGAGUGGUCCGGGCAUAAAGUCACCCUCCUACUUGUCUUUAAAAAACACAGAACAAAACAAGGUAAUUUCUUCUGUGGAUUCCCAAAACUGUAGUUGUUAUAUAGGCAUUCUAUAACCCAUACGGUUUAAGUUGAUCCAUCAGUGACUGUGAGCCUUAAGUCUUUUUUUGUUUUUUAAGUUUUAUUCUUAUCCUCUCAUUUCUAAAGAUAAGCCAACACCAGCAUUUCAUCUCCCAAGGCAAUGGGUUUAGGUAAAAAUUAGGCUGCUAAUAGGCAGAAUGGGCCAUGGGGGGGGGGGGCUCUCUGUGGAGGUGCUUAGAACGACGGGAGCCAGAAGUCGGCUGAAUGUUCGAAGAACGCCAAGAUGAGUUUCAGAUCCGAACUGAACUCCCGAUGCUUGUAGAAUUCCAAAGCUCUUCCCAUAACCCGUAUGUUAAUAGCAGCUACUGUUAACAAGGCCCAACUGUAUAUAUCACUUAGAAAUCUGUUCUCCUGAACAACAGAAACCAAGAAGAACUUCACCUGCUCACUUGGCAAGCAGCCAUCCUCCCCGUGACACUUUUUCAGGGACAUACUGGAGUUCUGAAAUUUAGCUCGGCCAGCCAAAACACACGCCUAAAUCCAGGAGUCCCAUUAUUGGAGAAGAAGGGCCAUGUUAUGUAUAUAUUUUUAGGCUUAUUUGUUUUUGAGGGCAAGCGAGUGGGGGAGGGCCAGAGGGAGAGAGGG